GAGAGCUCACGGAGGGCUUUGGAGAAUUGUUAAUGUCGACAGGAGAGGCCCUUUAUGUUCGAGCGAUGGACAUGUCAGAGACAGUUUUCGCAGGGCCUCGUGGUCACCAUUCCCUUUGGCAGAGUACGUUGCGAUAUGCAAAUCCUUCGAAGAGAGCCGGAGUCAGCUUUCAGCUGGAAAGGUCGAGCUUGGAAUGUGUUCGCGGCAGUCCACGAGUCAUGAUUGCGAUGUAGAUCCGGAGCGCAAUUCUUCACCGAGUGGCUGAAGACCUCGUUUGAUGUCAUCUGACAGCUGUAAAUUUCAUUUAGCCCACCACAAAAAUUAGGAGAAUUGGUACAGUAUUCCAAAACUGAAACUGCUGUGCUCAGCAUACAAAUGGAUGGUUAUGAUCUUCGAACAAACUCAGAUCUCACUACUUUUGUUGCCCAGGAUUAGAGUGUUCAUUGUCUGUGCCCGAUAUGCACAAGAGUUGUUUUCGACCCUUGAAGAUAAUUUCGUUUGUACCUGGCGAACAUAGAUCGGUAGUUUCUCUAAAACCCAGCACCAGCGUGCAGCUUCUGUAUGGUGUGAGAAGCCUUCGGAUGGGCUGGCUUUGGGGACGAGAAGAAGAUGCCGGAAAUGCCGAUCACCAUCAAGGAACGAAGAUUGCAGAUUUGUUCUCGGGUUUCUGUUUCGAGUCAUGAAAACUUCGGUCAAUCAAUCCGACUACCAUGAAGAUAACGGGCAUUCCACGCUCUCCACACGUGCCUUGCGAAAGCAAAUUGAUGGCCUGGGCAUCGCGGUCUAUUCAUCUCUCACGACGCACUCGUGUUUCGUUGGUCUGGAUCUCCAGAUACGAAUUCGCCACCUCGUACUAUUUCUGUAGUUUCAGGGAAUCAGAUCGUACAUCAUAUGCUUGGGGAAUAGACUGGCACGACGCAGUGUAAGACCAAUGUGCUCGAGAUGGGAGAGGUGGAGAUGAAGGUGUGAGUUGGCAGGAGGGGAGGGGAGUGCAGAGAACGAAGCACGUCCCUCCCUGAACGCCGGGCUGGCCAAGACUCCAGUGAGGAAAACUUGUGACCCGAAGAAUCCUCAUCCGACGAAUCCUCCAUGUCGGAUGAAGAAGCGAAAGAGAUAUUAAGCGAGCUGGUUCCGAAUGCGCCAAGGCUUGCUAACUUUCCACCAUCCGGUGCAACCUCGAUUGGCUGAACAAAGAACCUGGUCUGCAGUGCUUUCUAUCCACAGCAAACCUCCUCCUGUUUGGCCUCACCUCGCCUCGCCUCACCUUUCGAGUGGACGUUUCGUGUCCGAACGAGGAGUGCGGUUGCUGCUGUUCUGGCCAGCCAUCCCUACGCCAUGCUUGCCUAGAGUUUCCACAUUAGGCCACUGUGGCUUCUGACCCUUCGAUUCCCACGACCCACUGCCAUGGCAUACGGUACCUCGAGGUUCUAGAUGUUCCAGUCUAUGUCUCUUCGGUUAGGUCGGUCCAAAGCUGAACAGCCACUACAGUGAAGCUGAUCCGUUGUGGGAAGAAUAGACAAAACUUUCGGUUAGAGAGCGCAUUGCUCAGAGGACAUUGCUUUUGGCGUGAAGAACACCAUGGCGCCACUCGCACUCGCCUUCGCCUUUGGCGCUCUGAGUUGACGUUUGAAGGUGCUCCUCGAAUGAAUGAGGGAAGUGGACCCAUGGCGAUGUCCGACUCCUAAAAUGUGUUCGUAGUAGUCCGUGUUCCUGUGAGUUGACACUGUGGUCAAUCGAGCAAGCAGUCAUAUUGGUUGGUGGGUUCAAGAAUCGGGGGUUUAGGAGGAAGAGUUGGGUCUGAGUGCACCGAUCCACUGAUUGAUCGAUCGAUCGAUCGAUUGGAGGGAUCGGGCUCUGAGGAUUGUCGCUGAGAGCCUCGCAAUCGAUGUCGGGCUGGUUAGGGAAUUUCCUCAUGUGGAAGUCGGGCAAAACAUUUCCGGAGAAGCCUCCCAAGGUGAACGACAGUCUUUCAAAAAGCUUUUCCGGGUUCUCACCCUUUUCAGGGUUCGCAGGGUUUCCAGUGGAUGGAUUCCCGAAGAAUUUAUUGUGGGUUAUGGGUUUGGGUGUCGGAGGAAUUAUUAUCCUCAUCCGUCGGCGUGGAAAGCAUGUAUUCUGCUGCCGAGGAGAUUACAAAGCUUUCAUUCAACAGCUGGUUCUAGCACCUCCUGGCCCAGCGUCCCCUUCAUCGCCUCGGGCUCUUAAAAAUCUCAAAUUUGCCGUCAAAGACGCGUUCGAUAUUGAGAAGUACGUAACCGGCUUUGGAAGCCCAGAAUGGACACGCACUCACGAUCCUGCCACCCGCAGUGCCGUGGCGGUCUCUGUGCUGGUGCAAGCAGGUGCCACUUGCGUUGGAAAGACCAAUAUGGAUGAGAUGGGGUUCAGCUUGGAUGGCUACACCCAUGAAAGUUAUAAUAAGCCGGUGAAUCCGGCUGCACCUUGUCAUAUGGUUGGAGGUUCUUCUGGUGGCUCUGCAGUCGCUGUUGCUGCUGGUCUUGUUGAUUUUGCCCUAGGAAUCGAUACACUAGGAGAUGUGAGAUUACCUGCUGCCUGUUGUGGCAUCCUGGGCUUCCGUGCUUCUCAUGGAGCCGUCUCGACAGUUGGUGUUUUACCCGUGGCUCAAAGUUUCGAUGCAGUUGGCUGGUUCGCCAAGGACCCUCACAUACUACGACAAGUCGGACUAGUUCUUCUGCAGUUUCCAUUGCGAGAGGAACUGCGAGCACCGAGAAGGAUAUAUGUUGCAGAUGAUCUCUUCAAGAAUUCUGCUUUUUUGAUUGAACACUCUCUCGAUGUUCUUUUGAGGGCGGUUGUGAAGGUUUUUGGCCGGCAGGUGUUGCACCACAUCAAUAUGGGAGAAUUGUUGACGGACAAGCUUCCAACUCUCAAAGCGUUUUCGAACGUUGAAGAGAGACUUGUUGAUACUGGAGGCACAGAAGCGUACAGUGUCAUUCGAGAUUGUAUGCUUAUGCUUUAUCGAGAUGAAUUUCUACGAAAUCAUCAUGACUGGCUGGAUAAGCUCAAGCCAAAACUUGGCAAGGGAAUCUCGGGAAAAGUGAGAGCUUCUUAUGAACUGACCUCUAGUACGCACCUGGUGCCAACCGCUAAAAGGGUGAGGGAAGAAGUGCGAGCUGCCUUUAGUGACCUCCUCAAGCAUGAGACAGUUUUAGUCCUCCCAGCGAUUCCCGGAACACCUCCCUGUUUGAAUGCUGAAGAUCGAGUUCGGGAAAAGUUUCUUCAAGAUACCUCUCUCCUGAUGUGCUUAGGUAGCAUGUCAGGAGGACCUCAGGUCUCACUACCCACUGGAGAGGUAGAUGGACUUCCAGUUUCAGUGUCAAUUCUGACCAGAAUCAAUGGAGAUCGCCUUUUGUUCGACACGGUGCAAUAUCUGUUCCCAGCAAUAGCGGAAGAAACUCAGGGUACCAGGAAAGUCUUGCGGAUUUGAGGCAGUAGAUCAAGUUAGCACUCAAUCUAAUACAAAAGAUUUGUAUCGACAACUGAUGGAUACUUUUUGCCACUCUAUUGAGGUAGUUAGGGUCUGUUGGUUCCCGUUCUUUGGUUCUGGUCUGUUCAGAUUGUAACAUAUGUUCAGUACGCAGUUACUGUAUGGUUGUGUCACCAAUACCUUUGUAAGUCAAACUCCUAGGCAGUCACAUUUAUGUGCAGCUCAAAGAGCUUGUACGCAUGUAACUGCAAGCAUAUUAUGUACAUACGACAGUAUACUCUGGAAUGAAAACUCAGAACUUAGCACCUUUAACGUCAUGGUACAUUCAAUUUACGUCUCACUCGGGCGAUAUGUAUGCACUCCUGUGGGCACUUUUGUGACUAAUAUAUGUACUGAUAAGAUAA